UGUUGUGAUAGAUAGUGAUAUCUCUUUCAAGAGUAAAGAAUGGGUGACAAGAAGAAAACGACUCAAAUGUUUGUGAAACUAGUGUCUGCUGCUGGCACUGGAUUUUUCUAUGUAAAGAGGAAGCCAAGGCAGUUCACAAAGAAGCUUGAGUUUCAAAAAUUUGAUCCUAGGGUUAAUCGUCAUGUUCUGUUUACAGAGGCUAAGAUGAAGUGAUUGGGUACCUUGUAUGGCUUCUUUCCCCUUUAACUGAAUCAUUCUUAUACUUUUCUCAAAGGGUUUUCUAUGUUUCUGUUGAUUUUACCUUGAUUUAUGUAGUUCUAGGUUACAUUUGUUCGGUUAAGAUUAGGAAAUUACCUAAAUAAGAGACGAUUGUGGCAGCUUUGUGUUAGAGUUUUGUAACAACU